CCUUCAACAUGGCGCACUGAAAUUCAUUUUCGGGUCACUACCAGAGGACCGAGGAGUCGAGGAGGGGGAUUUGAUGAAAUGAGAAAGGGCAAUGGUGAUACACACUCUGUACAGUAGGUGGCGGUAUGCACCUUAAAGUUGUUUGCAAUCCGCCUUUAAAUCGACAGAAGAAGAAGUGAUGCACCGGAAGUGAUGGUCUCGCUCUUUCUAAUGGAACCAGAUCACGUCUCGUGGCUUCUCUCGGUUCUCUCGCUACAUCCAUGGUUCUCUCUCGGUGUUCCUGAGGAAGUGUGUGUGAGCAGCUGAUCCGUCCAUCGUCUGUGUGUCUGGAUGAACCUCUGACUUUGUGCUCUUUCUUCUGAAGCCUUUAGCUCGGACUCUAGAAGCUAGCUUAGCAUGCUAGCUGGUAACACGCUAGCAACACAGAGUGAGAGAAACGGGAAGUGGUGAUUUAGUAAACAUGAGUGUUGUCCUGCUCUCGUUGGUGAAGCAGCGACUCACUGCGGCUGCUGAAGACAUCUUUGUUCUGUUUGAAAGAACGAUAGCAGAGUACGAGGAGGAACUGUCUCGUUCAAAACAGGAGAACGAGAGACACCGGAAACUACUGGACGCUGUUUUACAGCCUCAGCUUCAGAUCCACAGAGCAGACGUCCAGCAGCUGGUGGUGGUUAAAGAAGAGGUUCCCCCUGAACAGCAGGAGUGGAGCUCCAGUCUGGACCAGGAGGACCCGGAGCCCCCCCCACACAUUAAAGAGGAACAGGAGGAACUCUGGAGCAGUCAGGAGGGAGAGCAGCUUCAAGCGCUGGAGGAGGCUGAUAUCACCAAGUCCACAUUCACUCCUGUCCCUGUGAAGAGUGAAGAUGAUGAAGAGAAACCUCAGUCCUCUCAGCUUCAUCAAAGACAAACUGAACACCUGGAAACAGAAGCUGAUGGAGAGGACUCUGGAGGACCAGAACCAGCCAGGAACUCGGAUCCAGAGAGACAUUUACAACCAGAGACUGAGGACAACCCUGGAGACUCUUCAGAACCUGAGACUGGAGACUCUUCUGAACCUGACACUGAAGACAGUGCUGAUUGGAAGGAGACCAGAGAACCAGGUUCAAAGUCUCAGAAAAAUAAACAAAACCCUGUCAGUGAUUCAAGACGUAGUGCAGGAGAGAAACCAUUUAGCUGCUCUUUGUGUGAGAAAGAAAUUCGCAGCAAGUCAAAUCUAAAAGUACACAUGAGAAUCCACACAGGGGAGAAACCAUUCAGCUGCUCAAUUUGUAAGAAAUCUUUUGGAAAGAGGGGAGAUUUAAAGGACCACAUGAGAAUCCACACAGGAGAGAAACCAUUCAGCUGCUCAAUUUGUAAGAAAUCUUUUGGACAGAGAGGAAAUUUAAAGUACCACCUGAGAAUCCACACAGGAGAGAAACCAUUCAGCUGCUCAGUCUGUAAGAAAUAUUUUGCAAAGAGUAGACAUUUAAAGUACCACAUGAGAAUUCACACAGGAGAGGAACCAUUCAGCUGCUCUAUUUGUAAGACAUCUUUUGGACAGAGAGGACAUUUAAAGUACCACCUGAGAAUCCACACAGGAGAGAAACCAUUCAGCUGCAGUGUUUGUGACAAAAGAUUCACCCGGAGAUAUCUGGUCAAAAUCCAUAAGUGUGUUGGUCGUCAGUCAUCACAGCUUCAUCAAACUCAAACUGAGGAGAUCAGAGAGGCAGAGCCUCCAGCCAGCAUCUCAGCUGAACACCUGGAAACAGAAGCUGAUGGAGAGGACUGUGGAGGACCAGAACCAGCCAGGAACUCAGAUCCAGAGAGACAUUUACAACCAGAUACUGAGGACAACCCUGGAGACUCUUCAGAACCUGACCCUGAAGACAGUGAUUAUUGUUAGGUUCAAACUCUUUGAGUUAGUCCCAGUAAAUGUGUAUAACGCGAUACCUGCUCGAAAUGUGUUAAAACAUCAUUGCUCUAAGUGAAGUCUGAAUGUGUAUUAAAACAAAUAUUAAGCACAGAAACAAGUCCAUUGUGCUCUUAUGACACAAAAGUAACCAACACACUGACAGAGAACCAGAGCCAGCCAAGAACAUGACUUUAGCUUCUCCUGACCCUGAAAUCAGUGGUGAUUGGAAAGAUCUGUUAUUCCGGUUAAACACUCUAAACCAGUGGUUCUCAACUGGUCAGGCCUCGGGACGCACUUUUUUCCUUUGUCAAUAAAUCGCGACCCGACAUUUGCUUAUUUGCUUUUCAGCAGACAAAAUCAAAUAAAGUGAAGUACAGUGCAUAUAUCCCUUAUAUCCCUUCACAGAACUAAAGUAUGCUUUUAAAAAAGUUUAAUGAGAUGAUGGAAUCAAAGCUGCACUGUAUAACAUAAAAAGGCACACAUGCUGAAAACCCAACCCCAGUAGGGGGGUCUGGGGGGAUCCUCCCCCAGGAGAUUUUUUGAAAUGCUAACAUAUAAACUACGCAUUCUGGCAGGGCCAUCCCUGGCCAUUUUGUGGCCCCACGCAAAGUUAUAUGAUGAGGCCCUCCGUGUCGCAGCGGAAAAACUGUGCCGCGCUUACACUAAUUGCGCCGCAUAACGGUGCGCUCAGUUGAGGGGCCCCUCCGCAAGAUGAGGCCCCACGUGAUCUGCGUGUAGGGAGGGACGGCCCUGCAUUCUGGUGCACUCUGAGAUUAGGCUACUACCCGACAUAUUAAUAAUAUUUGAUGCCAUUGUUUGUGUUUCACUUUGUUCUGAAGCUGAACUUGCUGCUCCUCACAGAGAGAAGAGUAAAGAGGAGAUGGUCUGUGUGAAUUACUUUAAAUUGUGGGUAAGGGUAGAUAGCUCCCAUUGUACUGUGACCUGUCAAUCAUCAAACCGGGGGUCAUAUUUCAUUAUGUGUUCAUUUAUAUCUGAAGUUGUACCCGUGGGUGUAUCUGAGUGUGGGAAAAUAUUACGCCUGAAAGACAGUCUGAAGAGACGUGAGAAUUCACAUGGGAGAAGCCAUUUGGUUGCUCAGUUUGAGACCAAAAACAUAGACAUAAAAACCAAAGUGAAUCUCCCUUUGAACAAGAAAAAGCAACGGCUGAUCUCUUAUCGUUUAGUUGAUAUCACUAGCUAAUGUGAGUUACAUUUCAUCCUGAUGCUUUUGAAGAAUCGUUGUUAAUAAAGUGAACUCUUUUUGAAAAGGAA